GACAGCGGCUGCUGGAUGCUGUACGAGCGCCCCCACUACCAGGGCCACCAGUACUUGGUGCGGCGCGGCGACUACCCCGACUCCCAGCACUGGAUGGGCCUCGGAGACGCGGUGGGCUCCUGCCGGGCAAUUCCUUACACCAGCUCUCACAGGAUAAGGCUGUACGAGAGAGAUGACUACAGAGGUCUCGUGUCUGAGCUCACGGAGGACUGCCCCUGCAUCCAUGAUCGCUUCCGGCUCAGUGAGCUCCGCUCCCUCCAAGUGCUGGAGGGCUGCUGGGUCCUCUAUGAGAUGCCCAGCUACCGGGGGCGGCAGUACCUACUGAGGCCAGGGGACUACAGGUGGUACCACGACUGGGGGGCCGUGGACGCCAGAGUCGGCUCUCUGAGACGGGUCAUUGAUUUGUGCUAG